UGUCAGAACGACUCAUUUCUCAAGGUUUUCCUCCACAUAACUCCACCCCCCUUCGCAAGUAUUACCUCAAAAGACAUUCUCUCCUACAUUUAGAGACUGCUGGUUCUCUGCGGAAAGGCAGGAGGUAGAAGACGAGCGAGGCCCCUUCGAGCCAAGCAUCCACAGUACGGGAGGAUCCUGACACUUAAACCUCGACUGGCUAUUUCUGCUGAGACGUCAACGUGUUCGGGGACAGUCUUCUGAAGAAGCCCCGUCCAGGCCCUGCACUGGGAGACCAUGAGGAAGAGAGUGGCCAUCAUUGGAGCCGGCAUCAGCGGCCUGGCCUCCAUACGGUGCUGCCUGGAAGAGGGGCUGGAGCCCACCUGCUUUGAGAGGAGCGACGACGUGGGCGGCCUGUGGAGGUUCUCAGACCAUGUGGAGGAAGGCAGGGCCAGCAUCUACCCAGCCGUGUUCACCAACACCUCCAAGGAGAUGAUGUGCUUCCCGGACUUCCCGUGCCCUGAGGACUACCCCAACUUCAUGCACCACAGCCAGCUCCAGAAGUACAUACGGUCGUUCGUGCAAAAGAAGGGCCUCCUAAGAUAUAUACGGUUUGAGACUCUGGUUUCCAGUGUCAAGAAAUGUCCCAGCUUCUUAGUCACCGGCCAGUGGGAAGUGGUUUUGGAAAAGAACGGGAAGCAGGAAACUACUACUUUUGAUGCUGUAAUGGUUUGUUCCGGGUAUCAAGUGUACCCCAAUCUGCCCCAUGAUUCUUUCCCUGGCCUAGACCAGUUUCAAGGCCACAUCCUCCACAGCCGGGACUAUAAGGGCCCAGAAGCCUUCAAGGGGAAGAGGGUCCUCGUGAUUGGCCUGGGGAACUCAGGAUGCGACAUUGCCGUGGAGCUCAGUCGUGUGGCUACGCAGGUCACAAUCAGCACCAGGACAGGUUCCUGGGUCAUAAGCCGGGUCUGGGAUGACGGCUAUCCUUGGGACAUGGUGCAUGUUACCCGCUUCACACGUUUUCUCAAGAAGGCCCUUCCUUCCUUCAUCUCUGACUGGUUAUACGUCAAGAAGAUGAACAGACGGUUUAAGCACGAGAACUACGGCCUGAUGCCUUUAAAUGGCACCCUGAGUAAAGAGCCUGUGUUCAACGAUGAGCUCCCAUCACGCAUCCUGUGCGGCACCCUGUCCAUCAGGCCCGGCGUGUCAGAGUUCAGAGAGACGUCGGCUGCGUUUGAGGAUGGGACCACGUUUGAGGCCAUCGACACAGUCAUCUUUGCCACAGGCUACACUUAUGCCUUCCCCUUCCUGGAUGACUCCAUCAUCAAGAACAGAAACAAUGAGGUCACCUUGUUUAAAGGCAUCUUCCCCGCAACGAUGGAGAAGCCAACCUUGGCUGUGAUUGGCCUUAUCGGGUCCCUUGGGCCGAUCAUCCCUGUCGUUGACCAGCAAACCCGCUGGGUUGCUAAAGUGUUUGCAGACUCCUGUCCCCUGCCAAGUACAACGGAAAUGAUGGAUGACAUUGACAAGAAAAUGAGGAAGAAACUCAAGGGGUUUGACCAGAGUCAGACUUUGCACACAGACUACAUCACAUACAUGGACGAGCUGGGAUCCUUCAUAGGCGCCAAGCCUAACAUACCGUGGCUCGUCCUCACUGACCCCCAGCUGGCCCUGCAGGUGUACUUUGGCCCUUGUAGCCCCUAUCAGUUCCGACUUAUGGGACCAGGGAGGUGGGACGGGGCCAGGAAGGCCAUCUUGACCCAAUGGGACCGUGCAGUGACGCCAACGAGGACAAGAGCUGUCAGUAAAGCGUGCAAACCCCAGCCUUUGUACAGCUUGCUUAAAGUGCUUUUAUUCCCGCUGCUGCUUCUGUCUGUUCUCCUUACAUUUUAUUACUGAGAAGGUUCGUUGGGUCUCAGAGUUCAGCCUAGAAGCUUAAUUACUGACAUGCCUAUUCAUGUACACAUAUAAAAUCUCAUAGCUGCUCUUUCCCUUCCUGCAGAUGUGAAAAUGAGUUCUAGCCCAUUUGACUCCAAGUCCAAAUACAGUGAAGAAUACUCAGCAUCUCCUUUCUCAUGACAAUCUAUACUCUCAAAGGUUUUCCACAGGCUGAGUUGGCAAGUCUGGAGAUGCUGGAGAUAAGGAAGAUGAGGGGAAACGGAAGUGAAUGUCAGCUUUGCAGUCUGAACAAAGUUCAACAUUUAUAUAUUUUAUGAUAUGAUCAAAACAGUAAGUCUAGUAACCAUCCAUUACCAUGCAAAGUUAUUACAAUAUUAUGUGUAAUAAACACCUUAAAGGGUGUUUUGUCAUGGGGAGAGCCGACAUCACAGCCAUGUUGAGUCUCCCAGCCUAUGACACACCAUAUCUUUCCAUUUCUCUAGAUCUUUAAUUUCUUUCAGCUGUGCUUUAGUUUUUAAUGUAUAAGUCUUACCCAUCCUGUUUCAGGUUUAUCCUAAGUAUUUCACAUAUGGGCUGUUAUUAUAAAUAGUAGUUUAAUUUUUGCAAUUUCUUACUGUGUAUUGCAAACAUAUAGAAAUGCAAUAAUUUGUUCUACAUAGGCAAUCACAUUGUCUGAAAAUAAAGAUAGUUUCUUUUU